AGGAGGCGGGGUCCGUGCUCUAGAGCCAGCCCCUUCCGCAACUCGGGGGGCUGGGCCAGGACGAUGGCCGGCGCCCAGCCCGAGGCUGCUACCCCGGAGGCCACGGGUUUCGAGGAUCUGAGCGACUCGGAGUUCCUUGACUUUCUGGAGCUAGGAGAUAUUGAAGAGCUUGGGAACCAGCCGGGUUCCUCUGUGAGGAGCCCCAAGAAGCAGGUCAACUCUGAGGGCCCGAAGAAACGGAAGCGAGAGGCAGAUGUCCCAACGCCGAUGGAGAGGUUCCACCUCAAGUGCCUGUGGGUCACCGACCUGGCCACACAGAGUUGGUGUGAACAGCAGAUGGUAUACGGGAAGGAGCUUCCAGGCUUCCAGUCAUCAGAGAAGGCUGCUGUCCUGGAUACUGGAGCCAGCAUUCACCUGGCCAGAGAGCUGGAACUCCAUGACCUUGUGAGCAUCCAAACUUCCAGUAAAGAAGAUAGCUGGGCAGUGAAGCUGCUGAACAUUCUAUCUAUGGUGCCCAUCCUGCAAUCAGGUGGGACAAUUCGGGAAUUCCCAGUCUUUGGGGAAGUAGAGGGAGUGUUCUUGGUUGGGGUAAUUGAUGAGCUGCACUACACUUCGAAGGGACAGCUGGAACUGGCUGAGUUGAAGACUCGAAGGCGCCCCAUGAUGCCACUGGAGGCCCAGAAGGAGAAGGACCGUUUCCAGGUCAGCCUCUACAAAUAUAUCUUUGAUGCCAUGGUGCGAGGCCAGGUGACAUCUGCCAGCCUGGUUUGCCAUAUGAAGCUUUCCCCUGAGGUGCUGCUGGGGCCUGAGGUGCGGAACCAUGCCCGGCAGGGAGGCUUCACCGUGAAGUCCUUCGGAGACCUCCUAGAGAUCUCCUUCUUGUCCUUGACUCUGUCUGACCUUCCCGUCAUUGAUGCCCUAAAGAUAGAGUACAGCCACCAGGAGACUGGCACCGUGCUGGGCACAGAGAUGGUGGUCUUUGAGGAAAAACAGGUAAAGGAUAAGCUUCAGCACAUAUUGGGUACUGGACAGGACUCAGGGAAGCCAGGGAGUGGACUGAAGGAGGCAUGGAAAUGCCGGACAUGCGACUAUGCCGAGAUCUGCCAAUGGAGGAAAAUGGUGGGAUGAGGACACAGGAGCAACCUGCCAAAGAGAUGACCAGAUGAAGGGACCAGGAAGGCCCAGCAGGACAGCCUCCCUCCCUCCAGGCCAUCCUUGACCAAGAGCCCCAUGGGAGGGGUAGACUGGAGAGAAAUUGUGAUCCUGAUUUGGGGAACACAUUCAUUUUUGACCCACAGCACUGUCUAACCUCUCAGUCUUCAGUCCCUUGCAGAUUCACAAUGUCGGCUUCAAGGAUUAUGGGAAACUCAGAUAUCCCUUUACUUAGGGAUGAGUGUGGAAGGGUCUGGCUCCUCUAUCAGUUCUCUGGCCCUCAUCCUGGAGACUUGGAAGAGGUUGCUCAGUGACUGUCCAUGUGACCACCUAAGAUGGAACAGAGGAGGGAACAUCUUAGGAGUAGUUGUAGCCUUUUUUUUUUCCCUAUAAAGAAAAUUCUGCUUUCUUGUCUUUCCCCAAUAAAGACCUUUUAAUUUCUCCAAA